GGAAUUCAUUACUGUAUGAACUCAUCUAGACAAACUCAGGUGCUGUUCUUCAGUCAGUACACAGACACACCCUUUUCUUCCUCCUCCUCUUCUCUCACUCUGUGGUUUUUUCCAGCGUCUCAGUGUUCGGCUGCAUUCGUGUUGACUGCCCAGAGUCCACGGAGCCUCGCCACGCACCUCAGGGCUGAAUAUAACGACUCGGAGAAAGAACUCCUCUGUUCCAACAUGUCUCUGUACAGCUUUGGGUUGGAGCCUCUAUCCUGUCACGCCUGGAACAAAGACCGAACCCAGAUUGCCAUCAGCCCCAACGGCAGUGUAGUGAACAUUUACCAGAAGAAGGGAAAGGAGUGGAGCAAAAUCCAUGAGCUGAAGGAGCACAGCGGGCGAAUCACGGGAAUCGACUGGGCCCCAGAGUCGAACCGUAUCGUGACGUGCGCCUCAGACAGAAACGCCUACGUGUGGACCCUGAAGGACGGCGUUUGGAAGCCGACUCUCGUCCUCGUUCGCAUCAACCGAGCCGCCACGUGUGUCAAGUGGUCACCUCUGGAGAACAAGUUCGCUCUUGGAAGUGGAGCCAAACUCAUCUCAGUGUGUUACUUCGAGAAAGAAAAUGACUGGUGGCUCAGUAAGCACAUAAAGAAAGGGAUCUGCUCGACCGUGCUCAGUCUGGACUGGCAUCCUAAUAACAUCCUGCUGGCAGCCGGAUCAGCCGAUCUCCACUGCAGGGUUUUUUCCACAUAUAUCAAGGAAAUCGAGGACAGACCUGGCCCGACUCCAUGGGGAGCCAAGAUGCCAUUUGGUGAAAUGCUCCUGGAGCAUAAAGACUGCGGUGGCUGGGUGCACAGUGUCGGCUUCUCUCCAUCCGGAGACACGCUGGCCUGGGUCAGCCACAACAGCUCCAUCAGCGUCGCUGACGCCCCGCAGGGCAAAGAGGUUACACAGCUGACUACAGAACAUCUCCCACUGCUCAGUGUGCUGUACGUCAGCGAGACGGAGAUUAUGGCUGCGGGCCAUGACUGCUGUCCCUACCAGUUCUCCUACAAGGGACCUGGCAAGUUGGAGUUUGUGCGAAAGCUGGGCAUCGCCAAGCAGACGUCCAAAAACAGCAUGUCGGCCAUGCAGCACUUCCGCAACCUGGACAAAAAGGCCACGACCGAAGAGGACAACAACGAGCUGGACACUCUACACCAGAACAGCAUCACUCAGCUGUGUGUGGUACAGGGAACCAAGGCCAAAGUGGAAAAGUUCAGUAGUGUGAGUCUGGAUGGAGCCAUGGCGCUCUGGGAAUUCAAGCCUUGAAAACGCAUUAAUAAGGCAGACGGGCUUCGUGGUCAAUCCGACAUACGCACCACAUCACACCACACCAAAGAUCUCAGUGUCAUUCUGCUGCUGUGCUCAGAAAUAUCAUUUAAGACCAACACUUUAUUCCAAAUAAACAUGUUAUAUUGUAA